AUGGAGGAUGCCGAGGUGGUGUGCCAGCAGCUGGGCUGCGGCUCGGCCGCUGGCGCCUUCAUUGCCAGCACCCGCUUUGGCAAAGGGGACGGCCCCAUCAACCUGGCUGUGGUCGACUGCCACGGGGACGAGGCCACCCUCUGGGACUGCGAGGUCCGUGGCUGGGGACCCUACAAUGGUACUCACGACUUUGACACCGCCGUUGUCUGCCAAGGGUUUGUCCGGCUGGUGGGCAGCGAUGUGGCCUGCGCCGGGCGGCUGGAGGUGCGGCGGGGCCGAGCCUGGACCGGCGUCUGCGAGGACCAGGUGGACAUCAAGGCCGCCCAGGUGGUUUGCCGGGAGCUGGGCUGCGGCACAGCGCUGGCUGUUUAUGGCACCGGCCGGUUUGAGGCGGGAAGGGGGCCGCUCUGGGAGGGGGGGUUCGAGUGCACCGGCACCGAGCCCCUCCUCUCGGCCUGUGCCCGGCGGCCAGCCGGCGGCCAGGGCUGCGCCGGCCACGCAGGCAUCAUCUGCUCCCCCUACACAGGUUUCCGGCUGGCGGACAACAGCUCGGGCUGCGCCGGGCGGGUGGAGGCGGAGGUGGGGGGGACGUGGGGGUCCCUCUGCGCCACCGGCUGGGACCUGCCCGACGCCCACGUCCUCUGCCAGCACCUCGGCUGCGGCCCCGCCGCCGCCGUGCCCCCGGGAGGCUCCUUCGGCGGGGGGGACGGGCCGCUGUGGCGGGACGCCUUCGGCUGCAGCGGGAGCGAGCAGCACCCGGGCGAGUGCCCCACGGCGGUGCUGGGGGAGCCUGCCUGCCCCCCCGGCCACGCCGCCACCGUCAACUGCUCAGGCAUUGCCGAGCCCCUGCGUCUGAUGGAGGGGGAGAGCCGGUGCGACGGGCGGCUGGAGGUCGCCACAAGCCCCGGGACCUGGGCCCGUGUGCUGGUGGGGCUGUGGGAUGCCCGGGGUGCCAGCGUGGUGUGCCGGCAGCUGGGCUGUGGCGUGCCAGAGAAGGUCUACGCAGUGCCGGGCUCAGGCACCGUGGGGCUGCAGGGGCUGCGGUGUGCCGGCGUGGAGGAAAAGCUGGCCCAGUGCAAUGCCUCGGGGACGUCAGCCACGCCAACCAGCAGCCCCGAGGAGGUGGCCAUCGUCUGCUCGGGUGAGUGUCCCGGGAAGGGCCGGGGGAUGCCGGCACCCCGAGCGGCCGCCCCAGCCCGGUCCCCUCCGUGCACCGCAGGCAGCCGGCGGGUGAGGCUGGCGGGCGGCCCCGGGCGCUGCACCGGGCGGGUGGAGGUCUACAUCAAUGGCACCUGGGGCACCGUAUGCCAGGACAACUGGGCCAUGCCGGACGCGACCGUCGUCUGCCGCCAGCUGGGCUGCGGGACGGCGCUGGCAGCACCCGGCUCGGCUCGCUUCGGUCCUGGCACGGGGCCCCUGUGGCCAGAUGCCGGCGGCUGCGCCGGGACCGAGGCGUCUCUCUGGGAGUGCCCAGCCUCGGCACAGCACAGCUGCCGGCGCGGUGGUGGGGCGGGCGCCGUCUGCUCAGAGCAGCUCUCCCUGCGGCUGGCGGGCGGCUACGGCCGCUGCAGCGGGCACCUGGAGGUGUUCUACAACGGCACCUGGGGCCGCGUGUGCGCCAACGGCACCAGUCCCGCCACGGCGGCCGCCGCCUGCCGCCAGCUGGGCUGCGGGGACGGGGGGAGGCUGGCGGCCACCCCUGCCCGGGAGCCGGCCCCCGCCUGGCUGGCCUGGGUGGGCUGCGAGGAGGGGGCCCGCUCGCUCUGGCGCUGCCCCUCGGCACCCUGGCGCCUGGAGGCCUGCAGCCCCGGCGGGGACGCCCACGUGUCUUGUGACCAGGACAGCGACGGCACGAGCGGGACGCCCACCCCGUCCCCGGGCAGCCGCUGCCCGGACGGUGCCACUUGCACAGGAGUCCCCAGCAGCACCACCCUGGCAGCAGCUCCGGGGACCGUGCCAGUGCCCGUGGUCCUGUGCGUGGUCCUGGGGACGCUGCUGUGCUUGGCCCUGGCUGCACUGGCCGUGCAGGUGUGCCGCGCCCGGGCUCGGCGCCGAGGCCCCGGCAGAGCCGUGGACGCCGUCUCUGAGGCCGUCUACGAGGAGCUGGACUACGCCCUGACGCCGGAGUACCAGGAGGUGCCCAGUCGCUCAGGCUCCCUGUCGGAGGGGUCGGGGAAGAAGCUGCCGUAUUACACCGGGGACAGCGUGGAGGAGAGUGACCCCAAGGCAGCCCCAGACUCCCCUGCCCAGCACGGCCCCCCGGAUGGCUACGACGAUGCCGCGGCCGUGCCGGAAGAGUCCCCCGCUCCCGGCGCUGGGGACGUCUCCGAGGGGGUGGCACGGAGGAGCUGGGGCCAUGUCCCUCCCACAGGUGGGAGCUGCCCCUCCCCGAGUCCCCCAGGAGCCCCAGGGGACCCCCCGGCACAGCCCCCGGGGGACACAGGCUAUGACGAUGUCGGCGUCAGCACCCCGGGGACGUCGCCGUGA